AUGGAACACUCGUCCCCGUUGGCUGCUAUGCAGCCCCCAUCGGUGCUCUUCGGACACUGUUUUCGCUCGGAUGCAAGGACAUCCUACCCUGCAUUUGGUCUCAAUUCAAACAGUUUCAACUUCAAAGAUUUAUCUAUGAAAAAAGCCCAUGGUGCCGAUUACUUUAAUGUAAAAGGUACAUCUCCUACCGCGAGCCUCGCGGCCGAUCUAUCUCAAAACUUCCAUAUUGAUCAGAGUCCCCAAGUGGCUACUCCACGGCGGUCUUUGUUCUCCUCAAACCUUUUUGGGAAUGGUAACAGGCGUGAGGCAGCGAUGACAACACCUCCACUGCCUUCCUCGCCUGCAAUGGAUAUCAUGGAAAUGUCGCCGCUACCGCACAAACCUCCGUUCAACACUUUGGAAGCUGAACUCCGCACUCCUACAAUCGAGAUUUCCUGUAUGGACACGCCCAUGAGAUCUAAUACUGCAAGCCCUCUCCAGGACUCGCCUUUGGUUGCACAAAAAGAAGGCCACCAUGAGAGGAGACGUCCAACCUUUCUUCGGCCCAGCCUAGCGAGGAGCAAAGCGCAAUCUUUUCAAUCGGGCAUGGUUAAGCCCGCACCGGAGAGCCAAGCACCACCGUUUAAAUUCCAAAGCAGAGGAACCAAGACGUCGUUAAGCACAUCGGCUUCGUUGGAGGAUAUGUUUAAUGAAUCGCCACCUCAGACGAGCCAUGUCCGUGGAAAUGGAUCUCCAUCGGCAGCAUCCAUUCGCAAAAACUCGCACCCCAUGAUGCGCCCUCGUAAACAGUGCCGACGUUCGUUGAGCAUGUUUGAGAACCCCGAGGAUGUAAUGGUCGAAAAAGAGGCUUCUUUUACAUCAAAUGCACCACUUCAGUCCAUCUGUGACAUCGAAGGAACCCCCAGCCUACAGUUGCCUCACUUUUUGCCUGAGGACCAGGUUGAUACAUUGCCUCGCAUCGACAAGAGCAUUCUCGUGGAACUCAUAGAUGGAAAAUACAACGACCGUUUCGACAAUAUCAUGAUUAUUGACUGUCGGUUCGAGUACGAAUAUGAAGGUGGUCACAUCAAUGGGGCUGUGAACUACAACGACAAAGAUAAUCUUGCCGCGGAGCUGUUCGCCAGCCCUAAACCCAGAACAGCAUUGGUUUUGCACUGCGAGUAUUCCGCACACCGGGCUCCAAUUAUGGCCAAAUACAUUCGCCAUCAGGAUCGUGCUUUUAACGUGGACCACUAUCCACAUCUUACCUACCCGGAUAUGUACAUUUUGGACGGCGGCUAUAGCAGCUUCUUUUCCGACCACCGGACACUCUGCUUUCCCCAGAACUACGUCGAGAUGUCUGCCAAGGAACAUGAGUUUGCCUGCGAGCGUGGCCUUGGGAAGGUCAAGCAGAGGUCUAAGUUGAGCCGCGCUCAAACCUUUGCCUUCGGUCAAUCUCCCCAAAUGGAAGACAGCCCUACUGGAAGGUGUCGCAACGGCCUUGGAGACCGUAACCGACUAUUAGGUUCUCCAUUUGCCGCAAGCCCUGUCUCCGCUCGCUUCUCCGGCCGCCGCAUGCUUUCCUACUGA